CUAGCGCAGGGGCAGGAUGUCGAUGCCGCUGACCAUGUCGGCUGCACUGGCUUGCACUUUGCCGCCAUGAAGGGGGACUGCGAGGUGGCGCAGCUGCUGCUGCAGCACCGUGCAGACGUCAAUACCGGGGACAGCACGGGUGCAACGCCACUGAUUGGAGCAGUGAUCAAGCAGCACCAAGACAUGGUGCGCCUGCUGCUGGCGGCCGGCGCG